AUGUCAGCACCAACAGCAAGUGAAUUAACAUUCUUGAGUAAAACCGUUUCUGUUUCACCAUUGGUGUUAUUAUCAGUUGUCGAUCACUUUAACAGAGUUGCCAAAGACUCGAAGAAAAGAGUAGUUGGCGUUAUUUUAGGCGACAACUCCACUGAUUUGAUCAAAGUCACAAAUUCAUACGCCAUUCCCUUUGAAGAGGACGAGAAAAACCCCAGUGUUUGGUUCUUGGACCAGAAUUUUAUAGACUCCAUGGGCGAUAUGUUCAAAAAGAUUAAUGCAAAGGAAAAAUUAAUCGGUUGGUAUCACUCUGGUCCCAAGCUAAGACCAUCAGACUUGAAAAUUAAUGAUGUGUUCAAGAAAUAUACUUCAAAUCCAUUACUACUUAUCGUGGAUGUACAGCCAAGAGAAGUAGGUAUUCCUACUGAUGCUUACUUCGCAGUAGAUGAUAUUAAGAACGAUGGUUCCGCUGCUGAAAAGACAUUUGUUCAUGUUCCAUCGCUUAUUGAAGCAGAAGAGGCUGAAGAAAUUGGUGUUGAACACUUAUUGAGAGACAUCAGAGAUCAAGCGGCAGGAAACUUGUCCUUGAGAGUUACACAGACAUAUCAAUCCUUGUUGGGAUUGCACCAAAAGCUUAAAGAAAUUGCCAAUUACUUGGACAAAGUCUACCAAAAAAAGCUCCCUAUAAAUCAUACCAUUUUGGGAAAAUUGCAGAACGUGUUCAACUUACUACCAAACCUAUCUAAUUCCAACUUGGUUGGAGGCGAAGGCGUUGUAGAUUCACAAACACCAAGCCAAUCAAGUAAUCCUUUGUCGGCAGCAUUUACGAUUAAGACGAAUGACGAGUUAAUGAUCGUCUAUAUAAGUACACUUGUCAGAGCAAUCAUUGCUUUCCAUGAUUUGAUUGAGAAUAAGCUUGAAAACAAGAAGCUUAACGAAAAGAAAUCGUCCUCUGAACUUGAAACUGGCGUUAUUUCUCUCUUAAGUAAUGAAGAAAAGGGUGAAAGUACACAAGAAUAG